UACAGGACCUGUUUCACUGCAGGGGGAUCCAAAACAAGCCCCGUGGAGCAGCAGCCAGAGCUACAGCAGCCGCAAGACACUGUUUCUCUCCCUCUGCCCCCCCUUCCCCACGCAACCCCAGAUCCAUUUACACUUUACAGCCGAUCGUGCAGCAGAUCUCCAGGGUGUCCCAUUCAAGCUGCAGAUUUGGCUGUCAUCGUCGGACGGCGGCGGCGGCGGUGGCGGUCCCCUCUUCCUCGUCCGCGGCAGGGAAGUGUGUCUCACAUCAGCAUUCUGGAGCACAAUGAAAGAGUUUAUUUUGAGGCUUCAAAAGUAGUGCUGCUACAGACGCGGAGCAAGAGAGAAAGUGUGGACCUCAGCCUGCAGGAGCGGUCUUGAAACACAAGUGAUCUUGGGUCUAGGCAUUUUACAUUGAGUUUCUCCACUGCCUCCCUUUCUGCUCAAGCAAAAUCUGUGCGAAAAAGAUCUGCUGGGAAGGAACCAGCUGCUUGGGAUUCUCCAUUGUGAUGAAAGCACAUGGUGCAGUUUUCCAAAGAAAUUAGUCCGUUGUCUGGGUGAAGAGAAACCUGUCUGCUGUUUCCACAGGGUAUCACUCCCUUCUCUGUGAGAGGAAGAAAGAACAGGCCUGGGCCCAGGAGCGCUCCAGCUUUUUGUGGGACGUCUCCAUGGUGAAGGACAGGCUGGGGCUACCUGUGAACAGCGCACAGUGAAUGUUAUUCCAGAGCGGCUGCUGGCGGAUCGCCCCCGCGGGGAGAUGAUUCCUCAUGAAGCGCCUGGAUCCCCUACAGAAAUCAAAUGUGACUUUCCGUUUAUCAGACUAAAACCAGAGCCAGCCAGACAGUGAAACAGUCACCGUGGAGGGGGGACGGCGAAAAAUGAAAUCCAACCAAGAGCGCAGCAACGAAUGCCUGCCUCCCAAGAAGCGCGAGAUCCCCGCCACCAGCCGGCCGUCGGAGGACAAGGCCACGGCCGUGCCCAGCGACAACCACCGCGCGGAGGGCGUGCCAUGGCUCCCGGGCCACGCGGGCGCCCGGGGCCACGCUGGCGGGCGGCUCGGGCCGGCGGGGCCCCCGCCGGAGCUCGGUUUACAACAGGGAAUAGGUUUACACAAAGCGCUGUCCUCGGGGCUGGACUACUCCCCACCCAGCGCGCCCCGGUCCGUCCCGGCGACCACGACGAUGCCCGCGGCGUACCCGCCCCCGCAGUCUGGGGCCCCAGUGUCGCCCGUGCAGUACGCCCACCUGCCUGCGCACCCGUUGCAGUUCAUUGGGUCUUCCCAAUACAGCGGGCCCUACACCGGCUUCAUCCCUUCCCAGCUGAUCUCCCCCACGGCCAGCCCGGUCACCAGUGCGGUGGCCUCGGCCGCGGGGGCCGCCACUCCAUCCCAGCGCUCCCAGCUGGAGGCCUAUUCCACGCUGCUGGCCACCAUGGGCGGCCUGAGCCAGGCCUCGGGGCACAAGGCUGAGCAGCAGCCGCCGCCGCCGCCGCCGCAGCACCUGGGCAGGACUGCGGGGCUCCUCCCCCCGGGGUCCCCACCCCCCACCCCGCAGAACCAGUACGUGCACAUCUCCGGCUCCCCGCAGACCGCGGCGCGCCCGGCCUCCCCGCCGGCCAUCCCCGUCCACCUCCACCCCCACCAGACCAUGAUCCCGCACACGCUCACCCUGGGGCCCUCCCCGCAGGUCGUCGUGCAAUACACCGACUCCGGCAGCCACUUUGUCCCCCGCGAGGCCACCAAGAAAGCCGAGAGCAGCCGACUGCAGCAGGCCAUGCAGGCCAAGGAGAUCCUGAACGGGGAGCUGGAGAAGGGCCGCAGGUACGGGGCGCCCACCUCGGCCGACCUGGGCCUGGUGAAGGCGGGCGGCAAGGCCGUCCCCCACCCCUACGAGUCCAGGCACGUGGUGGUCCACCCCAGCCCCGCCGACUACGGCAGCCGGGACUCGUCGGGCGUGCGGGCCUCUGUGAUGGUCCUGCCCAACAGCAGCACCCCUGCCGCUGACCUCGAGGUGCAGCAGGUCACCCACCGGGAGGCCUCCCCGUCCACCCUCAACGACAAAAGCGGCCUGCACUUAGGGAAGCCCGGCCACCGAUCCUACGCGCUGUCACCUCAGCAGGCCCUGGGCCCCGAAGGAGUGAAGGCCGCUGCCGCCGCCGCCGCCGUCGCCACACUGUCCCCCCACACGGUCAUUCAGACCACGCAUAGCGCCUCGGAGCCACUCCCAGUCGGACUUCCGGCCACGGCCUUCUACGCGGGGACCCAGCCACCCGUCAUCGGCUACCUGAGCAGCCAGCAGCAAGCGAUCACCUACGCCGGCGGCCUGCCCCAGCACCUGGUCAUCCCCGGCACCCAGCCCCUGCUCAUCCCCGUCGGCAGCGCCGACAUGGAGGGGUCGGGAGCGGCCUCGGCCAUCGUCACGUCAUCGCCCCAGUUUGCUGCAGUGCCUCACACGUUCGUCACCACCGCCCUGCCCAAGAACGAGAACUUCAGCCCGGAGGCCCUGGUCACCCAGGCCGCCUACCCGGCCAUGGUGCAGGCCCAGAUCCACCUGCCCGUGGUGCAGUCGGUGGCGUCCCCCGCAGCCGCGCCCCCCACGCUGCCUCCCUACUUCAUGAAAGGCUCCAUCAUCCAGCUGGCCAACGGGGAGCUGAAGAAGGUGGAAGACCUAAAGACGGAAGACUUCAUCCAGAGUGCGGAGAUCAGCAACGACCUCAAGAUCGACUCCAGCACCGUGGAGCGGAUUGAGAACAGCCACAGCCCGGGCGUUGCGGUGAUACAGUUUGCCGUCGGGGAUCACCGAGCACAGGUCAGCGUGGAAGUUUUGGUAGAGUAUCCUUUUUUUGUGUUUGGACAGGGCUGGUCAUCCUGUUGCCCAGAGAGAACCAGCCAGCUCUUUGAUUUGCCGUGUUCCAAACUCUCCGUUGGGGAUGUCUGUAUCUCACUCACCCUCAAAAACCUGAAGAACGGCUCUGUUAAAAAGGGCCAGCCCGUGGAUCCUGCCAGCGUCCUGCUGAAACACUCAAAGACCGACAGCCUCGCGGGCAGUAGACACAGGUAUGCCGAGCAGGAGAACGGGAUCAAUCAGGGAGGCGCCCAGAUGCUCUCCGAGAACGGUGAACUGAAGUUUCCAGAAAAGAUAGGAUUGCCUGCCGCCCCCUUGCUCACCAAAAUCGAACCCAGCAAGCCCGCGGCCACGAGGAAGAGGAGGUGGUCAGCGCCGGAGUCCCGCAAACUGGAGAAGUCGGAAGACGAGCCACCUUUGACUCUUCCUAAGCCUUCUCUCAUUUCUCAGGAGGUUAAGAUUUGCAUCGAAGGCCGCUCUAAUGUAGGCAAGUAGAGGCCGCGUGGGGAAAGGAAAUCGGCCCUCCUUUAUCAUUUGUAUCCAGAUUACUGUACUGUAGGCUUAAUAACACAGUAUUUACAUGUUA